CCCCUCCUUCUUCCAGACGUUACAGCUGGAUUCCAUUCCAUCGUUUGUUUCGAGGCCUUUAAACUCGUCGACCUUGCCUUUAUCGCAUACUCUGAACUCCUGCAAACUAUAUAUACUUACCAACCCUCAACCAUGUCUACCAACGAUGCGUUGCCCGAUGUCAACGGCAAGGCGCCCGUGACGGUGCCGAACCUCCAUCGAGAAAACGGCCUGGUCAACGUCCAGCCUGCGCGGAUCAACGAUCUGCAGCCCAGAUACGCGACGACUAUCAAGCACGACAGCGAGAGCCCAGAUGCCCACAGCUGGUAUUCUAGUUUCAUUCAUAACCUUGGUGAAUGUAUUGGCUGUCUCGGUGCCAUCCCCUGCUGUAUCUGCUGCCCGAACCCGUUCAAGCCUGUUGCUCAGGGUGAGGUUGGUCUGGUGACCAAGUUUGGUCGGUUUGAACGCGCCGUAGACCCUGGUCUCGUAAAGGUGAACCCGCUCAGCGAGCGCCUCAAGACCGUUGAUGUCAAGAUCCAGAUCGUCGAAGUGCCGCGCCAGGUCUGCAUGACCAAGGAUAACGUCACCCUCAACUUGACCUCGGUCAUCUACUAUCAGAUCAUCUCCCCGCACAAGGCUGCCUUUGGUAUCUCCAACAUCCGCCAGGCUCUCGUUGAGCGCACGCAGACCACCCUGCGCCACGUGAUCGGCGCCCGCGUCUUGCAGGAUGUCAUCGAACGACGCGAGGAGAUUGCCCAGUCGACCUCGGAGAUCAUCGAAGAGGUCGCCGCCGGAUGGGGCGUCCAGGUCGAGUCCAUGCUUAUCAAGGACAUCAUCUUCAGCGACGACCUGCAGGACUCGCUCUCUAUGGCUGCCCAGUCUAAGCGGAUCGGUGAAAGCAAGGUUAUCGCAGCGCGUGCCGAAGUCGAAUCCGCCAAGUUGAUGCGUCAGGCCGCCGAUAUUCUGUCUUCCGCCCCCGCCAUGCAGAUCCGCUACCUGGAGGCAAUGCAGUCGAUGGCCAAGACGGCCAACAGCAAGGUCAUCUUCCUGCCAGCCAUCAACCAGACCGUCCAGCAGCAGCUGGCGGCCGCUGAAAACGCCGGCGAAGGCCCUAGCAAGUACGGCCCGGUGUCUACCGACGACGACGGGUUCCAACGUGCGAUCAACGCUCGCAUCAUCGAGAACAUCUAAACGGCUUGCCCGUUCUCUGCUUCUUCUUGCCCUGCGGUUCCGUUCUUGCAGAUAAUGAAUCUUACACAUAUUUCCCACCCUGUCCUUACGAGAUGGACAAUUUGCUCUAUUUUAAUUCUGUUGUUUGCUGUUGUUGCUGUUUUCCUGCUUUCCGAGUGCGAUACCCACCUUCGUUUAAUGACUUGGC